AUGCCUUCCCCAAAUAGCGACCCGCCACCCGUUGGCCCUCGGUUUCGGCCGUAUGCGAGCCCAAACCACCAUGUAACGAAAGGUCGUUAUAUCACUAGCAACGACCCUCGGGGUUAUAUCCCUGUGUAUGAGUACCCGCUCAAUGGGCAGUGGAUCAUGCUGGACAUGGACGAUGGUUACGUCCUGUGGACUGGAAUCUGGAAAGCACUUGGAAACAAUAAGGCUGACAUUGUGAAAAUUAUUGACUCUCAACCUGACCUUGCCUCUCAAUUGCGUCGGGUGCGCGGUGGGUAUUUGAAGAUACAAGGGACAUGGAUGCCCUACGAAACAGCGAUGCGCCUCGCACGUCGUGUCGCAUGGCCUAUUCGACACGACCUAGUGCCGCUCUUUGGGUAA